AUGACUUUCACAUCUACCCGCAACAGCUCCUCUUCUGAAGAGCAGAGAGGACGCAGCAGAGAACCCGUACUUCUCAACCACAACCAACGUACCAACUCGUACUCCAGCGAGUUCUCUACCAACACUACUGCAUCUUCUACCAAGACGUCCCGCUCUUGGUUCAAGACUGCACCACAGCCAGCCAACAAGAACGUUCACACAUACUGUGGACGACACUCCAGCCAGUUCCUAUUCGGCGGCCCUUCCCUGGUUGAUCUCGCCAAGGCUUUGUUGUCCAAGGACUAA